UCUUCAUUUUUUCCUAGCCGUCAGAAGAGACCGGUAGGUCAGUACGCCCUGCAGCAUUCCAUUUUCCGCAUCUCCUUCACUUCCUGGCCGCUUCAGUGCUGCAGCAAUCUUUUGCUCAUCGCAUCUCCUUCGCUUCGUGCUCCCCCCGCUGAUCUGAGGUUCCACCUCCGUGAAUCUAUUUUCUUACUGCCAUGCCCAGCUGAUCUCCAUUUGACAUUGUAACUGUCCUGCUCCUUUCUGCAUGGUUCAACGUUAAUCUGCAGUGCCCAGUCUUGGUUCGCUGAAGGUACGGUAGGAAGAGAGUACUGCUUCGCCAUUAAGCAUGCUUUGCACAGAGGGCGAUAAUGGUCAGGGAGAAGAAUCCUCUGGUGUUCUGGAUUCAAAUGGCCAAGGGCUUAAAUGUCAUUGUGAACUUCGGAAAUGCCAUGGAGGCAUGAGCCAUACUACCAGCAAGUGCUCUGGCUCAGCCUGUCAGUGUUCCACUGGAGACCAGUAUUCCCAAGCCAAGUCCUGCUGUGCUCCUGAAAUCGUAAUCUCACAGAUGCCCCAUCCCACUGGCGCAGGGGAGGAUGUUACCUCUCCUCAGGAUGCGGGCACACUGUCUCCUGGGGGUCGCAGGUUGGGAGUCAGCACUGAGCUGCAAAUGAGAGCCUUUACGCUAUGCAGAGAGUACCUGAGAGGAGCCUGGAGGGAGAUCCAGCCGCACCAAUUCAAAGUGUCCGUGGUCAGUGGUGGGCUAAGUAAUCUUCUUUAUAAAUGCAGUCUCGUAGGCCCACUGAAAACACAGUCUACUGAGCCACGUCAGAUUUUGCUAAGGCUUUAUGGUGCAAUUCUGCAGGGUGUGAAUUCUUUGGUUCAGGAAAGUGUUAUGUUUGCAAUCCUAGCAGAACGUUCACUUGGCCCACGGUUAUACGGUGUAUUUCCUCAAGGACGUCUGGAAGAGUACAUUCCGAGUCGGCGACUGGUGACAUCAGAGCUUCGUUGCCCAGACAUGUCAAGCGAAAUAGCUGAAAAAAUGGCCAGGUUCCACAAAAUGGAGAUGCCUUUUAACAAAGAACCAGUGUGGUUAUUUAGGACAAUGGAGGAGUACAUGUCUCAAAUAUCCUCUCUUUCCUUUACACAAAAAGAUCAUGUGGAGAAGUUCAACCAGCUGAAAAGUUUUUGUCUGGAGGAAGAAAUGCAAAAUCUCAAAACUCUUUUACGAUCGACUGCAUCGCCUGUAGUCUUCUGUCACAAUGAUGUUCAGGAAGGUAACAUUUUGCUGCUGUCUUCUCGGUCUUCCUCUCCCUCAGACAAGCUCAUGCUUAUUGACUUUGAGUACAGUAGCUACAAUUACAGAGGGUUUGAUAUUGGAAAUCACUUCUGUGAAUGGGUGUAUAACUACCAGCACAGUGAAUGGCCUUUCUACAAAGCAGAGCUGAGUGACUACCCUUCAAGGGUACAGCAGCUUCACUUUUUUCAUUCCUACCUUUUGGAGAUGUCUCCAAGCCUUAGUGAAGGUGAACGCCAAUCUCAGGAAGAGGCAAUGUUGCUGGAAGUAAAUAGGUUUGCAUUGGCUUCACAUUUUUUCUGGGGUCUCUGGUCUAUUUUGCAAGCAAAAAUCUCCACUAUUGAAUUUGGGUACCUGGAUUAUGCACUCUCUCGAUUUAAUGCAUAUUUUGAACAGAAACGCGUCUGGACCUAAUUUUCAUUUGGUACUCAGUUGAGCAUGUAACAGCUUUUUGUGUUGCUGUCUUCAGCAAGAAUCUGCGUCCUUGAUGCUCCGAUAUACCUGCAGUCUUUUCUCACACCCAUCUACUGGCAACAAACUUCUACUCUCUGCACAAUUCUAUGUGCAUGGCUGCAGCCUGCAUUCCUUUACUCUUUCCUUCUGCCUUCAUCUGUAUGCAAAUCUACCCUGCACCACUACCUCUGUCUGCAACUUUGUGCACUGUUUUUAUUAUUAUGCAACCUCAUGUCUAGCACCCACUGUGAAGACCCUCUUGAGCUUCCUCUAAAAAUGUAAAAAUUGUAAUAAUGUACAAGUUGGAAUUAAUGAUAUACUGUAUUGGAAAUUCUGAAUAUAAUUUGCUCUUCAUGUUCCCAGCAUAGUUUAUAUUUCACAAUAUUUUAGCCUACUGCUGAUCCAUAAACGCUAAAUGCUAAUGCUUCUAUUGUUUGCAUUUAUUUUAGCAAUUUAAAGUAUUUUAACCAGUGACAAGAUUAGGUCAAAACUCUAUUUUCAAAUGCCAAAGAAUGAACAAGCAACAAACCAAAAGUGCUGGCACUGAACUGGAAAUUCAAAAUGUUGCUAAGUUGUAAGGUGCUUAGGACUUGUAAACCCAUGUGUAAUAAAAGGCACCAGUCAUUGUCUAACCAAUAAUGUAUUUGCUGAUGACCAUUAAAUGCUACCUUCUGAUUGACUGGUACAGGUGAAUAGACCUGUAUAAUACUUUGCUCUAAUUAUAACGUAAAAGGUGCAAAGUUUUUUUUUUUUAAAGUUUUAUAACACUUUAAAAAGUGGUGCAACAAUGCUACCUUUUAAAGAACUGCAUCCAUAUUAAAUAGUGUUUUAAAGGAUGUUUUAAACCGCAAAAGUGAUUCUUCCUAAAGUCAUUUUCCCUGUUAAAUUAAUAUUGGGUACUUCUUAGCAGUUUAUGAUUAUAAAACUUAUAACUGUUUCGUCCAUCCCUCCCCAUUAAUGGAAAUAUAUAUAGCGCACGUUAUGCCCCAGAAAGGCAUAAUGGUUCAAUCAAUACCUUAUUUGAUUUCUGUAAUUUUUUUUUUUUUAUUAAGAUGGAGGU